GUCUCCACUUCCGGAAGGAAAACGGGCAACGAGGGAGCGGAAUCGGCGACAGAGAAUCCGGGAGGAUACAGGAGGACGGAGGAGCCCGGCGGGGGAAGGAAGGAAGCGCUGCCCGAGAGGAGGAGGAGGAGGAGAGCGGGCCCCGCGGAGCAGCCCUGCCCGGUCCCGGCGCGGCUUCCCCGGGAGACGGCGGGGAAAGGCCGGGGGGCUCCGGGGCUGCCGGAGGGAUGAGCCCAGGGGGAGCCCGGGAAAGGCGGCUGCCUGGAGGGCGAUGCGGGGAGGAGGAAACGGGCGGAGACCCCGAGACGGUCCUGGAGGGCGGAGGCUCCUUGGGAAGACCUGGGAGGCCGCAAAGAAUCCAGGAGGGAGGAAAGGAACAUCAGUGCCCGGAAUGUGGAAAAUCCUUCAAGAGAAAUCAUCUUCAGAGCCAUCUUAGGAUCCACACAGGAGAAAAGCCUCAUAAAUGCCUGGAGUGUGGAAAGAGCUUCAGUUGGAGCAGCAACCUUUAUGUACAUCAAAGAAUCCAUACAGGAGAAAAACCGUAUAAAUGCUCAGAAUGUGAAAAAUGCUUCAAAAGAAAUCAGCAUCUUCAAAGCCAUCUAAGGAUCCACUCAGGAGAAAAACCACAUAAAUGCCUGGAGUGUGGAAAGAGCUUCAAUUGGAGCAGCAACCUUUAUAGACAUCAAAGGAUCCACACAGGAGAAAAACGUCAUGAAACGGGCGGAGACCCCGAGACGGUCCUGGAGGGCGGAGGCUCCUUGGGAAGACCCGGGAGGCCCCCAAGGAUCCAGGAGGGAGGAAAGGAACAUCAGUGCCCCGAAUGUGAGAAAACCUUCAGAACAAAAGGAGCUCUUGAAAACCAUCUAAGGAUCCAUUCAGUUGCAAACCAACAUAAAUGCCUCGAGUGUGGAAAGAACUUCAGUGGAAGAGGAAAUCUUAAUCAACAUCUAAGGAUCCACACUGGAGAAAAACCUUAUAAAUGCCUGGAAUGUGGAAAAAGCUUCACUCAGAGUGGACAUCUUUAUUCACAUCAAAGACUCCAUUUAGAAAACCAGUACCAAUGCUGGGAAUGUGAAAAACCUUUCAAAACAAUUCAAAUCCUUGAAAAACAUGUAAGACUCCACUCGUUAGAGAAACCAUUUAAAUGCCUGGAGUAUGGAAAGAGCUUCAAUCAUUGGAGCAACUUUGAUAUACAUGACAGAAUCCACUCAGUAGAAAAAAUAUAUAAAUGCCCAGAAUGUGAAAAAUCUUUCAAAAGAAAUCGCUAUCUUCAAAGACAUCUAAGCAUUCACUCAGGAGAAAAACCUCACAAAUGCCUGGAGUGUGGAAGGAGCUUCAGCCAGAGGGGACAUCUUUAUAGACAUCAAAGAGUCCAUUUACAAGAAGAGUAUGAAUGUGGGGAAUGUGAAAAAUCCUUCAAAACAAUUCAAAUCCUUGAAAAACAUCUAAGAAUCCACAAGCCAAAUAUAUGCCUGGAGUGUGGAAAGAGCUUCAGUCAAAGGGGAAGUCUUGGUAUACAUCAAAGGAUCCACACAGGAGAAAAACCCUACAAAUGCCUGGAGUGUGGAAAGAGGUUUACUGGGGGUGGACACCUCCGUCGACAUCAAAGAAUCCACACAGGAGAAAAACCACAUAAAUGCCUCGAUUGUGGAAAGUGUUUCAGUCAGAGAGGACACCUUGACAGACAUCAAAGAAUCCACUCAAGGGAGAAACCAUAUAAAUGUCUGGAGUGCAGAAAGAGCUUCAGUCAGAGAGGAAAACUUUCACUGCAUCAAAGAAUCCAUUCCGGAGAGAAAUCUCAUAAAUGCCUUGAGUGUGGAAAGAGCUAUACUGAGCGUAGAGGCCUCCAUCGACACCAAAGAAUUCAUGUGGGAGAAAAAUGAUAAACAUGCCUGAGUAUGAGGCAUCCCAGAGUGUAUCUUAGGAAUUGAAUUGAAUUGCAUGUUUAAUUUGACCAAGUGUGAAUAGACAUGCUAGGAAUUUGUUGCGGUGCACAAGCACUCAGUGUAUAUACAAAGCAACAGAAUAAUGCUAUUCAUAAUUAUAAUAAUUCCAAUAUGAAGGUUAAUUAAAGAAGAUAUUAAGAAGGGUAAAUAAUAACUAUCAAAUAAGAGACUUUCCCAGGCUGAAUAAUAAAGGACUUUUUCAAUUGUACAUAAGAGAUGUUUUAACUGGCUGAAAUUAUAUCUUUUCGCAACAGUCUUUCGUGACUCAUGAUGCCAUUUCCCAUGUGAACGUUCUCUUAAUGCAAGGCUCAUUGUGAUAUUAUUAUGGGAUAUUACUGUCCAUGUUUCUGAUAUAACUGUAACUGAGCAAGGUGAUUUCUUCCAGGGUGGAUUUGAUUUAAAUCAGGUUGAUUUAAAUCACAAUUUAAAUCAUUAUAUAAAUCACUAGUAAAAAGGCGAUUUAAAAAGAUUUAUAUCAUAAUUUUUAAAGAGCAACUGUCAUCUCUGUCCUGCAGUGGCUCCUUCUCUCACCCACUGUUGACUCACCGACCGUCCUAUUCAUUUUAAUGGACGGCUGGGGAUGCGGCAGGGACACAACAAGGUGAGGGAUAUGGUGAGCAGCAGGUGAGUGGAUGCCCGCUAACAGGCGCUGUCAUGAUGGAUCUGAAAUAACAGGUGCUCUUUAAUAAUAUAUAUGAUGCUUAGAAGGUUUCACUUCCAUUUUUACUGCUUGCCCUUCCUGAUGUCCUAUACCAGUGGUCACCAAUCAGUGGUCCAUGGACCACUGGUGGUCUGUAAGAAAAUGUUGGUGGUCCGUGGUGCCCCCAGGUGGAGGAGCUGCUCUGGGAUAAGCAAUGGCCAGUCCUGUGACUAGAGCUCUGGAAGACGGGACUGGCCAGGCAGCUCAUGGUGGGGCUGUAAAUCUCCGCUAUUGAGGGAGAUUUGGGCAAUUUGAAACUUUGCAGCGCAGUCCUUGCCGUCUAGAAUGAGGUAAUGGUGCAAGGGGGGGAUGGCGGGUGCAGGCGGGCCGAAGCAACAGUG